AUGGCCUCGAUACGGAAUUCUCUACGCCCUGCCUCGCGCUUUGUUACCGGCCACAACAAGACGGAUGGAAAAUCGGUCUUUGAGCCGAUGGUGGACAAGAAGCCACCAACAACCACCUACCCUGGUGGCAUGGAGAUAUCUUUCUGCUACGCCACCCAAGGAUUUCCAAUCGAUGUCAGCGGUGAGCACGACAUCAAAGUGUACCAAGACUUUGUCCAAAACCCGCCCGGCAUCCUUGUCCACAACGGAUCUGCAGCGCGGACGAUCGACUUCCCUCCCGGCUAUACCACACCGAUGCAUUGCAGCAUGACACUGAACUACAAUUUCGUAAUCGAAGGGGAGGUGGAGGUCAUCUUGGACUCGGGCGAGACGAGACGUCUCAGUCCCGGGGACAGCUUGGUUCAGCGAGCCAUCAACCAUGCUUGGAGGAACAUCAGUGAGACCGAGUGGGCGAGAAUCACGGCGGUGGUGUUGCCGAUAAUCGGUCACGACCAGGUUGCUGCUGGGCAGGGGCCGCACGGAGCAACGCCGACAGCAUGA